UAUACAGGAACUGUUGAAAAUGAAGCCAAUUCCUAAGGAAUUGUUAUCCUUCUUAUCACUUUCUGCAGUAGAUUCAGGUAGAUCUAGCAAUCCUAUAGGAAAUACUGAAUCUGGACAUUCCCAUCAACCAAUUCUCACUUUUGUAUCAAAUCCAUAUCCUGAAACUAAUGAAACACCAGAUUCCCUACCAAAUGUGGUAAUAAAAGGAACUAUAAUGGGACUAUAUUCUCAUAUCACAGAAAAUUAUGAAAAUUUAUUAUAAUAAUCGGAGUCCCAUAAUAUGUGAUUGUUAGAUAUGCAAAAAUGUAUUGGAUCAAAACUCACUUGGUAUUGUGUUUAACACAGUUCCUCUUGUUAAUAUUAUCUCUUGUUAAUUAAUAAGUAUUUUAUGUAAAGAUAGAAUGGAAGUUCUGCUAUUUGGGGAAUUAACAUAAAUAUAUUCAAUUUGAGAAACUUAUUUUAAAAAGUUCUAAUAAUUAUAUUUGUAUACUUACAGUAUAUAUUAAUUGCAACUAGGAAAUCAUGCACUUUAAAGAAAAGUUAUUUUAUUAUUACAAAUGUUUUUUAUACAACUUUAUAACUGUUUUCAAUAGAUUAACUAAUGAAUAUAUUAAAUAUAUAAAGUUUAUUAAAAUAUUUUAAAAUUGUUUCAUAUUGAAUUUAGAAUGAACGAGAGUGAUAUUUAAUCAUAACAUUUAACAGUUUUUUUAUUAAUAUUCCUAUGUGAAUAAAUUUAUAACAGUAUUUGAAGAUUUUAUUUAUACCAUUUAAAUUUGUAAAUAUAUUUUGUAAAUUGUUUGCUUUUGUUCUAAAAAGUAAUGAUGUAAAAUAACAAAAUAUUAAAAUUGAAUAUAUAUAUAUGAAUCCCUGUAAAAUCAAUGUUAUUAAUUCUCAAUGGAAAUAGCUACGUUAUAUGAAUUAUGCUAAUAAUUUAAAUAUCUACCAAAUGUGCUGAAAUUAAAAGGUUAUAAUUGGAUUAUAACCUAUUUUGCUACUACAUUUUCCAUAAAGUUUUAUAUAGUUUGUUAUUAUUUAGCAAGAAGGUUAACAAAAGAAUUAUAAU